AUGUCUCUGGUAUACCCGAUGACUUGGACCGGGGAAUUGAGCCCUCGUGACCUAGUCAUUGCACUCUCCCUAGUGCUCACGACGUUCUGCUUCGUGGCUGCGGCCGAUGGCUUCCGGCAGUAUCACGUCCCUUUCCCUGGGCGCAAGGAUUAUUUCUCGAUAUUGUAUCAGCAGUACAAAUUCGUCGUUGAUGGGCCGGGUAUAAUCAAGAAGGGUUAUGAGCAGUUUACCAACGGUUUGUUCGAAAUCCCACGAACGUUCCGCUUCGGACAGGUCAUUCUAUGCCAGCAAGACUUGAUUGAGGAACUGAAGAAUAAACGAACUCCUUCAAAUCUCGCAUGUUAUGCCUGGAUACUUCCCCCUGAAAUGGGAUGGCCAAAAAUAGCCAAAACCACACCGGGCGUGAUUCGAAACACCGUCCACAAGAAGCUGCAUCGGUAUAUGCCUUCUAUGAACCAGGCAAUUCUUGCGCAACUGAAAACACUAGACUUCAAGAAUGGAGAAUGCAACGUCGGCUGCUUCGAUCUCGCAUACUCGAUUGUGGCACGCAGCGGCAGCUUUUCUAUGGUUGGCUCGCGACUUUCCCAGGACGACGAGUACCUUGAGGCUAUCAAAAAUCAUAUCCUUGGAAUGAUUGUGACCACUCGUGUACAGUUCCUUCUUCCAGAUUGGUUGAAGCAAUACAUUGGAGGAAUCACCGGCCGCCUCGCCACAUUGGGGACUGGUUGGGAUAUGCAUGCCUCGCGUAAGAUUCUGCUGAAGCACUUUAAUGCACGCGCAGAAGAAUACCAUGCCGAGAUAUUCAGUAAGGACGACCCCGCUCGAGAAAGCAAAUUGGAGGAAACGGAAGCCCCGGAAGAGAUAUUCCGCUGGCUGUAUGAGGGCUGCGUGCUUCGAGGAAAAUGGAAAUAUACAGAGGUGAUAGGUGAAAUGUUGCUUCUGCAAUUUGCCUUCAUCUACACCACUUCCUAUGGACUUUACGGUGCAUUAGCUGAGCUUGCCCGACGGCCUGAGUACAUUCAACCCCUGCGCGAGGAGAUCAAUACGGUAUUCUCCAAAGAGGGACCCACCGUUGCAGCCUGUGAUGGUAUGGUUAUGAUGGAUAGCUUCUUGAAGGAGUGCCAGCGACUGCAUCCCCCAUCAGCACUGUCUGCCCACCGGGUCUGCAUUAGCGACCUCGCACUUUCCAAUGGUAUCACACUGAAGCGGGGAUCCCACGUGGCAGUUCCAAGUGGAAUCAUCCAACAAUCAAGCGAGCACUACGUGAACCCAGAAUCUUUCGACGGGUUCAGGUUCGUAAAGCGUGCAGCAGCCGGGGCCAAAGAUUCUCGAUUGGUCGACCUGAGCCCUGACUAUCUGGUCUUCGGGAUGGGCGCACAUGCCUGCCCUGGACGAUGGAUGGCCAGUGCGCUCAUGAAACUGUCCUUCGCUCAUAUCCUAAGUAGUUACGAUAUACUGCUGCCCAAUUCGUCCACUGGGCCCUUGACGGGCUCGCUUUCAUUCGAGGAAUUCUAUGUACCUAACUUCGGGCUGAAGAUUACUUUGCGCCAUCGCGAAUGA